AUGGACAGCGCGCGGCACUACGUGCGCCCCGACUCGCUGUUCACGCAGACGGGGGCCUUCGUCUCGCUCGUGAGCUGCUCGAUCGUCGUGCUGUCGUUCCUCUGGAAGCGCAAGUGCCGGCACCCGAACCCCAUUAUCUACUGGAAGUCGGUCGUCGACCUGCUCUACGCGCUGCGGUUCCAGUACCGCUGGGACGCGUACAUGACGACGCUCGUGAGCUGCCGCGUGCUCGCGACGCUCACGCAGUUCUGCACCUUUUCGUCCGAGUGCUGGUUCCUCAGCAUGUCGUUCAACUUGUACCAGUGCGCGACGAACCCGUUCACGAACCUCAGGCAGAACCUGCAGUGGUACCACGCCUUCUCCUGGGGCGUGGGCGCGCUCUUUGCCGUGCUGCUGUGGCUCUCGCGCGCGGCGUUCGACCCGGAAGUCCAUCCGUCCUGCUUUGUCGACGAGACCGACCCAGACGAACUCGCCGUGUACUACGUCGUGGUCAUCCUCGCCGUGCUCUGUGCCGUCAUGUUUGCGGUCCUCGAGACGCAGACGCACCCGUUCAAAGGCAUGACCGAGGCACUAAAAGCCAAGAAAGACGUGAUCCGCAGCGCGCGGAUCUUCACCGUAGCGUACAUUAUCUACCAACUAUUCCUCAUUUCGUUCUGGAUCGCCGACGUGCUGUUCCUUCGGAAUCGCCCUGUCGCGCUCCAGCGCGUGCGCGACGCCUCCUCGUUCCUGCAGGCAGCCAAGGGGUUGAUUGACCUGGUCAUUUGGGUGGCGAUCAAUGGCCCGCCACAAGUCGACUGCCGCGCUGGUCGUUUGAGCACAACCUUUGACACGGAUCGAUACAGCGACGUCAACAUUGACCUUCAGCCACAGCUGAACGUCGCGCUGCGGAAAGAAGUGCUGCACUUUACCACGAGAGGAAUCGUGGCCGCGUCGUCCAAUACCCCAAUGGUCACGAACGGUCGACGGGUGGUGCACCUUCGCUUGCAUGAGCUGGGCAUGACCGUGUGCUUUGAUGACUACAGCCCGACUUCUUUUCGCGACAUUCGACAGGGGUUUGGCAUCAACGAGAUAUUGUUUCGCAAAGCGUUCCUGGCAACUUGUCACGAGCGGCUGGAGUCUGGCGGGUCCAGUGGUGCCUUUAUGUUUUACACCGCCGACUACUCUUUCUUGGUGAAGUCCGUGACAACGAGCGAGCGUAACGUGUUGUUGAAGAUGCUGCCAGCGUACAUUCGUCACAUGAAGCAGAAUUCAGACUCGCACUUGACCCGGUUCUACGGUUGUCACUCCAUUGAGAUGUAUGGACAAGUCUUCAGUUUUGUGGUCAUGGGAAACGUUAUCGGUCGAGCAAGUAUGCACCAGUUUUUCGACAUCAAAGGGUCAUGGGUUGAUCGCAAUGCCAAGCCGAUUCCGCCAGGAAAAACUGUCAUUUGUACGUACUGUAGUAACGCGUUUCAGUAUGGUACGAACGAAAGCUGCGAGUACAGCAUUCGUGGUAUUCAUUUACCGCACAUUGUGUUGAAAGACAACGACUUUCAUCGGAAAAUGCGAGUGGAAGCAAAGACCGCUGAGGCACUUGCUCGUCAACUCGAAAGUGACAGCAACUUUUUGAAAGAUGAAGGCAUCAUGGACUACAGCCUAAUGCUAAGUGUGCACAACACAAAGUACGUGGUCGAACACUCGGAAAUUGGUACUAGGGUACAGUCUCCGACAAAGCGCAAGGUGAGCUACCCAGUAUGCCAUCCUGAUAGCGAUUCCUUUUUGAAGAUUGCUACGGAUGAUGCGGAUCCGGUCGGCAAUGCCGGCGUUGAGAAUUUAGACGAGGUUGAAUGUGGGAACCGUAGAAACUUCAACAGGAGUUGCCGCUAUUCAGUCGUAAACAAAGCCGACGACAUCGGCGUCACGGUUCAUGACGAUACGCCCCUCCUGUAUGCAGACAACUCUGGCCGCCGUUACGACGUGGUUUCGUACGGUUUGGCUGGAACAAACUCUGCUUCAGCUGACGGCUCUAAAUGGGUCGGUACGAGGACUCUUGAGAACCACGAGUACCAUGCGACUGUCGUUGUUGGCCCGGAUUGUUACACACUAGGAGUGGUCGACAUAUUGCAAACUUGGACAUGGAGCAAGCGGUUGGAGCGUCUGUGGAAAACGCUUGUACUACGUCGCGACCGCAUGGGAAUAUCUGCGGCGCCUCCCAAACUUUACGCCGAGCGAUUUCAGCGGAAAAUGCGCGACAUCUUGAUGGUAUCAUCGUCAUCGGUGGGUUUUGACUAG